AUUUAAUAGGAUUUUAAUUGUAUCAGAUGUUAAAUUGUGUGGCACAUAAUCAACUGCGCAAAUUAUGACGUUUAUAGUUAUAAGCAGUUUGAUCUAUUUUAACAUUUGAACAGAACAAUUAAACCAUGUAAUGUCAGUUUCAUUUUGACCAAAAAAAUGUACAGAAGUGUAAUUGCUGAUUAAAAAUAACUUGAAAAAUACCAGUAAAUAUUUUAAUUAGAAACUGGAAAUUGAGAAACAAGACAAAUGAGUAUAAGGGGAAAGUGGUAAAAAUCAGUAAAAAGUGAUAAAAAUCAGUGAAAAGUGAUUAAAAUCAGAGAAAAGUGGUAAACAUUAGUGGGAAAAGUAAAUUACUGUAUAAUAUAAUAAUAUCCUCAGUAACAUUGCAAGGAAUAAGAAAUUUUAUAUAGAUUUAACAUUUAAAGCAGUAUGAACAGGUUCUUGAUCUUAUGAGAUAGAUAAAGAUAUACUUCAGUUUGUGAAGUAACAUACUGGAGACAAAUAAAGACAUUAAUGAUGGGGACAUUAUAUAGAGCUGUAUUUAUAGUUAUAAUAACUAUUAUGGUAUGGCAAGAAACUGUGCUUGCAGUAACAUUUGAUGAUGUGAAAACUGAUUUACUUGAAAUUGCUGACAACGUUUCUCCAAUAGAUGGAUUUGAUACACUUCGACCAUUGACUGAUUCUGAUCUAACAUUGAAUGUUACACUUGAUUGGAAUUUAGUGUCAAUCAAUGAUUUUGAUGAGACAAAUGGGUACAUGGAUGUGAGCGGUUUUGUCACCCUUGAAUGGAGUACUGACUUGUACACAACGUCCCAGGGUGUAACAGAUCUUCUAAAGCCAUCUAUGAUCUGGAAACCACCAAUAGUUCUACUGAACUCCGUAAAAACAUAUGAACUUAUUGGACAUGAUACCUCAGUAAAAAUUCGCUAUAAUUUCACAUCAAAGGAGUGUGAAUGGAAGCCUUGGGUUGUAGCAAGGGCUGCAUGCUCUCCGGAUGUCAAGUAUUACCCGUUUGAUAAACAGUUGUGUACUAUUAGACUGUCUGUAUGGGGUUAUAAGACAAAUGAAGUUAGUUUAAGUCCUAAAAACAAUGAGUGGAGUUUUCUGUAUUUUGAGGAGAAUGGUGAGUGGAAAAUAGACGAGACGUCUGUGGAGACAACUGAAAUCAACGAAUAUUCAGUGAUAGAUUAUAAGAUGAAGUUGACUCGUAGACCGUUAUAUUAUAUCAUCAAUUUAAUCUCACCAGUCGUGUUGCUAGGAGCUCUGAGUGCCUGCACAUUCCUUGUACCGAUUGAAUCAGGUGAGAGGAUAGGAUUCUCGGUCACGUGUUUCCUGACGUACGUUGUCCUGCUGAACAUGAUAAUGGGAUUUCUACCAACUUCUGGUAUACCCUUGUCAUAUUUGAGUUACUACACAUUUGUCAUGAUGAUAUUUAGUGCUGUGAUGACUGUAAUGACAAUCUUUACAAUCAGAAUUUAUCAUAAAUCAGAGUCAGAUCCUGUACCGGUCAUAUUAUCUUAUAUCUAUAGAUGCUUUACAUGCAGGUCGGCUAUAGAGAAAGAGAGUAAAAAUGUUCGAGACAAGGUCGUGCCAUUUGACACAGCAUCAGCCUCCUGGGACAAUGCUUCGAUAGCUGAAGAGACGUUUUCUCAGAGUAAUGAUAGAACAUCGUACAGCUCCGUGAGUACAGAAGUUGAAGAUGUUACAUGGAAAAAUAUUGCUAAAUUUAUAGACACAUUGCUGUUUGUUUGUUUUCUUGGAGGACAGAUAUUUUACUCUGUUGCCUACCUGGUGCCAAUUUUCUUAAACUGAACCAAGUUAUCGAAUGUAUUACGGGUAUACAUGUAGAAAAUCUUUUAUGCUUGAUUUAAUUUUAUAACAAGCGGUUUUUGAAAUUAUUUUUAUUUCACAGUUCAUAUUUUGAACUUGCUGAAAUCAUUUAUUUAAACCUAUUUUAAAUGUUAAGUUGAACUUACAGUUCAAUUAUGUGAUUAAAAAAUAAUAGAAAAUCAGUUGCUUUUGUGUGUUGAUUAUACAAUUAUUACACUA